GCUGUAGCCGGCGCGCAGGGCGCAUGCGCAAGCCCCCGGGAGGGCGGGGGGCCGGCGUCUAGUGGCGAGGGAGCUGGCUGCCGGUGCUACCCACCGCUACUCAGGCACGAAGCCGCCGCUGCGCAGCGUCCGCGCCCUCUCCCGUGCUGGGCCGCGCUUAGUCUUGCUCUCGCCAUGAAGUUGAGCAGCCGCGGCCGGGGAUGCUGCGUGGCCGGCAGCCGGGAACGCGGGCCGCCGCCGCGGAGCCCCUUCGUGCACCAGCUGCGCUUUAGCCCCCUGGAGAAAGCCAAGAUUGCCUUCAUGACCUUGACUCUGUUUCCGAUCCGACUCUUUUUUGCUGCUUUUAUGAUGUUGCUGGCCUGGCCUUUUGCAUUCAUUGCUUCAAUGGGAACUGAUGAGCAAGAGCUUGAAAAGCCCCUUUCCUGGUGGCGAAAGAUAGUGGAUAUUUUACUGAAAGCAAUCAUGAGAAUGAUGUGGCUUGCUGGUGGAUUCCACUGGAUAAAUGUAAAAGGCAGACGGGCGUUGCCGGCGGAAGCAGCAAUAUUAACCGUGGCUCCCCAUUCUUCCUACUUUGAUGCCAUUCCAGUAACUAUGACCUUUGCCUCCAUUGUGAUGAAAGCUGAAAGCAAAGAUAUUCCUGUUUGGGGAACUUUAAUCAAAUACAUCCGACCUGUAUUUGUAUCUCGAUCAGACCAGGAUUCUCGCAGGAAAACUGUUGAAGAGAUAAAGAGGCGUGCUCAGUCUGAUGGUAAAUGGCCACAGAUAAUGAUAUUCCCAGAGGGCACUUGCACAAACCGAUCCUGUCUAAUUACAUUCAAGCCUGGAGCUUUUAUUCCUGGAGUUCCUGUACAGCCAGUGGUUUUACGUUAUCCAAACAAACUGGAUACAAUCACAUGGACAUGGCAAGGGCCAGGAGCGUUAGAAAUUCUGUGGCUCACUUUGUGUCAGUUGCACAAUUCUGUGGAAAUAGAGUUUCUACCUGUGUAUAUUCCUUCAGAAGAAGAAAGAAAAGACCCAGUGCUCUAUGCCAAUAACGUCAGGCAUAUAAUGGCAGAGGCAUUGGGAGUGUCAGUGACAGACUAUACAUUUGAAGAUUGUCAGCUAGCCUUGGCUGAAGGACAGCUUCGUCUGCCUGCAGACACAUGUCUUUUAGAAUUUGCAAAGCUUGUGAGAAGCCUUGGGCUGAAGCCAGAAACACUUGAAGAUGAUCUUGAUAAAUAUGCUACAAGUGCCAUGAAGAUGAAGAAAGAAAAGGUUGAUCUUAAAGAAUUUUCAGUAUACUUGGAAUUUCCAGAAUCUCACACGUUAGAAAGUAUGUUUGCGCUUUUUGAUGAGAAUGAAGAUGGCAUCAUUGACAUUCGGGAAUUUGUCAUUGCUCUGUCAGUUGUCUGUAAGCCAUCCAAAACGCUGGAAACAAUUCAGCUGGCAUUUGAGCUGUACCAAUCAGAAAAUGGAACUAUAACAGAAGAGGAUUUAGCUCAUAUUCUGAAGACUGCCAUGGGUGUGUCACAGAUUAAUGUUACACACCUUUUUAAAGCUGUAGAUGAAGAAGAAAAGGGAGAGAUUACAUAUGAUGAGUUCUACAGAUUUGCUGAAUUGUACCCACACUUUGCAGACGACUAUCUCUAUGCUGAUCAGAUGGGAGCUGAGAGUAGCUUGGAUACUUCAUCUCUUUCUGCUCCUAAUGGUAUCUGUACUGACUUCAGCCCUGAAAACGCUGAAGAUAAAAAGAAGCCUCUGCAGAAGAAACUGAAUUAA